AUGGCGCUGCGCGCGGCUCCCGGCCGCGGCCGCUGGCUCGCGCGCGCGCUCGCGGCGCCGGCGGCGGCCCGGGUCCCGCCACCGCCCGCCGCCGCCUCAGCCCUGCCGCUGUGCGGGCUCCGCCCGCUCCGGCCCGCCGCGCGGUUCGCCAGCACCGCCGGGCAGGGGCCGGAGGCCGAGGGUCCUCAGCGGCGGGUGGUGGUGGUGAGGAUCACCAGCCCCUUCGCCUGGCUCCGCACCCGCUUCUAUUACCUCCUCAUCCGCCUCUACUUCGACCAGGAGUUCAGCAUUGAGGAGUUCACGCGGGGGGCCAAGCAGGCCUUUUCUGUUGUUUCAAAGCUGCUGUCUCAGCGUAAACUUGACCUGCUGGAUGAACUUGUAUCAGCAGAGGUACUUCAGGUGCUGAAGGAAAAGAUUUCUUUGCUCCCUGACAAUCACAGGGAUGCUUUAGCAGCUGACAUUGAUGCAAUCAUGUACACAACAGAAGGAGAUGUUCGCAUUUACUAUGAUGAUGAUGGAAGAAAGUUUGUUAGCAUCCUGAUGCGUUUCUGGUAUCUGAAUGGUGCUAACCUACCUGAUGAAGUACCAGGUGAAACCAAAGUUUUCCAGAUUGUGUUUGGAGAUGAAAGCACAAAAGAGAAAAGACAUCUUUUAACAGCAAACUAUGAGUUCCAAAGGGAAUUUACAGAAGGAGCAAAACCAGACUGGACAAUUACACGAAUUGAACAUCCAAGGCUAUUAGAAUAAAUGCCUUCUACAGUCUUUUUAUGUACCAUUGUAAAUGUUCUGAUGUAACAAAUAUCAGGCUUUUUUUGGUCUCUUUUUUUCCCUUCCUGCCUUCUCCUCCAAAAGAGGGAUGAAUUUUGUAUGUCUGGUUUCCCAGAAUUGUUUCUGAAACGUACUCUAUGCUGCACCACUACAAUAAAGCCUUUUCUCUGGAA